AGCACAACCACCACCCCGCCAGCGCCGGCGCAGCAAUCAUCGCAGCGGCGGGAACAUGCUUGUAACAUUAUAACACUCUUGAUCCCUUGUGCCGAAUACGCGAGAGCGACGAGGGAUCAUGCCGCCACACCUCCACCCCAGGUCGCGAAUGACCUCCUCCCUCUUCGCAACGACCGUCGUCGCCAGCUUCUUUGUCGUCGCGCUCCCGCACAUCCUGCCCUGUCCCGUGCCCCGGACCAAGUUUGCCGACGGGGAGGUCAUGGUCGACGAGAAUGGACGGAGGAGGAGGUGGAGGAGGAGGGAUUCCGCGGAAAGCAAGGAUGGACUUGUACAGUUCAAUCAGCCAGCGGACGACGAUAUAUAUACCAGCGUGGAGCGGACGACGAGAGAGUGCCCCGUGCCGAAGCCGGGAGGUAUGUUGGGCGAAUGGCUUGGCUUUCACAAGAGCGACGGCGGGACGGGGAAGCGAUGACAAUAACGAAGAGGGCAAACAAUAUAAAAAAAAGAGUAAACACAUGAAUCAGAGUCCACAGGACAUGUAUAACCAGUGUUCGAAUAAACAUACUUCACAC